UUGCCUUCGAGUCGGUGCGGCACUGACCGAAGCGAACUUCUCUCUUCGUACUGGAUACAAAAUACUACUCGCGCUCGGGUCUCCCUAUUCUCCACCUGCUGGGUUCGUCAUUCCACUGUGCCGUGCCUGUCUUCUACUUCUGGUUGUUGACACACGGUAACCCGAACCAACACCCAAAAGGUACCGAAGUUUUGCCCUUCCUACUCCCCUGUGUACCUCGUGCCACUGUGGGAGAGAGUGGAUGCUCCUGUCGUUCUCCAGGUGUACUACCAACACAGUCUAGAUAGUAAUAUCACGGGACGACGCCGGUUCCGCAUCGUUGCCGGAAACCAUUCGGAGGCUAUUGGCGACGAUCGUUCCGAACGUUCGAUUCCGGGCAUCCCGUUCGAGUUCACAACAACACUAGCAACAAUCAUAGCCACGACACUGGAUAGAGACCACAUGAGCUCGCCACGCCGUCGCAACUCGGGCACGUCGAGUUCCGGAGUCACGACGAGCAACCGGGCCCGACGCGCUCCACACAACCAGCCACAUUCUCGCGACAAUGAUUCCUACUACUACACCAUUCCGGCGGGUCCUCCGGCGUCACGGGCUUCGAUUGCCGAUUCCUCGCAUCCUUCCGUCUCGUCGGACAUUACGUUGACGGAUGGCUUGGAAGAGGAGGAGGACGAGCUCGACGUUCCCGUGGAGGCCGCCCCCGUGGGGACACUCGCGGAGACACCGAGAAACGGUCGUCCGGCCGUUGCCGACGCGGACGAUGCGAUCAACACCUCCGUCUUUGCACCGACACCGCCCUCCACGUCACUCUCGCAAGCUUCGCUCAUGGAGUAUUCCGACACUUCGGACGAGUACACGCGUGGUGCACGAGCCUACCCACAAUCACGCUUUCAAUCCGCCGAAUCCCCGUCUCCCACCCGAACCCAUCCCAAUCGACUCGUACGCUUUUCAUCUCUCACAUCGCUCGCAACGGAUGUGGAACACGGCGAACAAGCGUCGACCGGACAUACUCCGGAACGGAAUGCCGCCGGAUACACGUCUAACGAUCGCACGCCACGAUCGUCACCUCCGGCGCACUGGAUGGAGUCGUGGGCCUACAGUUUUCGUUCCCCCGCACCACAGCAGCAGCGUCAUCAUCAUCACGGUGUUUCCCCCCGGCACCGCCCCACGCGUUCGCACAGCACGUUGGAAUACCCCCACCACGCCAUACCUACACAACUCUACCACGCGGCGGCCUACGAUGGAACCGGAGUCGCCGAUCCCACGCCCAGACAACACCCGUUGCUGUAUUCGCAACCCCAAGACAGUAACGAGGCGUCGCCUUUGUUAGCCACGCAGCACAAGACGCGUGGGACGGCGACCGCGGCCGCCAACGCUAGAUCGGUGCGUACCAAAAGCACCGAUUCGGGCGCGUCGCGGUCUUCGGAGACCUCGCGAGGACGACUCCGCUUUACCAAGCCUCUCUUUCCCGGUGAUCGCCGGGCGAUACGAAUGGCGGCCGCCUUUUUGGAAGAUUACCAGCACAACCGUCCCCCCACACUCAGUUCGGAGUUGGCCACUAUUUCGGACGCUCAACUGGUGUGGGUCCAGUACGUACACCACGGAUGGAUGCCCUGGUUGCGCUUUCUCGCCAGUGCUGCACUCUUUUUCAGUAGCGGAUUCGAAGGCUUUGAGCCGGACGUUGUGCCAGAAUAUGCCGUGCCACCGCGCGCUGUUGCCACCGUGCUGAAUUUAACCGCACUGAUGGUGCUCUUUUUGGACGUCUACAUUCGUCACGUGAUACUUUACUCGUACGACUCGUUGGUGGAGACCGGUGCCGGUAGCCACCGCCACAACGUCUUGCAUCGCGUGCGGCAAUCCCGCUCUCUUCAGCUGGUCCGUCCCUUGAUUGUCUUUGGCACGGUCCUGGUGUGCGAAAACAUUUCACGCAUUCUGAUUACCCGGGACGAACCCCAUAUGGUCCUUUUUACCAGUGUCUUUAAACCGCUCGUGCUCUUUUACGUUUCCAGUCAAGCGCGUGAUGCCUUGGAAGCGGUCCGACGCAUUUCUCGCAUUGUUCUGCGGGUACUGGUUAUGGAGCUGCUCCUUAUUCUCUUCUUUGCCGCCGUCGCCGUCCGUCUAUACGGGCACACGCACGAAGGCUUUGCUGAUUUGAGUACGUCCUGGUUCAGUCUCUUUGAACUCGCUACGACCGUUACCAACCCAUCCUUGUGGAUGCCCUUGUACAAUGAUUCCAAGACGGCCGCCAUUUUCUUUGUCCCCUUUGUUGUGGUCACGACGUUUUAUCUGCACAGUCUCGUGCUGUCGGUUGUCUUUUCCACCUACAUACAAGCGGCCACGGCCAUUCACGCGCGAUCGACCUUGGAUCGCGAAGACUCCGUCCAGCUGGCGUACCUUGCUCUGCUCCAACAGCAACAGCGCAACGAUGAAGCCGCAAUGGCGUCAUCGCGACGACGCAAAACCCAAUCCGCGACGCACGCACCGGGAUCGGCGCCACCAAUACCGGAACCGCCCGCAGCGGUCUCAAAGUCGGACAUGAUUGACGUCCGGUUGGUUCGAGAAACGCUCAAAAAUCUGCGACCGCACUACAACGCGAUGAAGAUCAACGCUUUGGUGGAAAUCGUGGAUCCCUCGAACCAGAAAAUUGUUGAUUUUGCCACUUUUCGGACUAAAGUCCGACAGGCGCUGAAUGCGUCUGUCCGGACGGCUCGGUCCGCGACGACACUGGCGCUGAGCGUGGAAUUAGUCGCGGUCGCGGUAGCCAUCGUUAAUUUUAUCUACGUCAUUCUGGUCUCCUCUGCGUUCAACGUCCACUGGUUCAACGAAAGUCAACAAAUGUUGGGAUCUUUGAUUACCGUGGUGGCCACCUUUGAGCUGUUGAUUCGCUUCAAUCCCUUGCGAAUUCCGGAUUUUACACCGUUGACUCGACUGAACGCAACCUUCGAUGGUCUGGCCUUGAUGGGUGCCGUUGUGUCGACGGUAGGUAUCGUCAUGUACGUGACCAGUCAAGGUGAAGAAGCGUCGUUGAACACCAUAUUGAUGGGACGGGCGAUUGAUAUGAUUCGAAUCAUGCGCUUUUUUCAAAUCUUCCGGGACGUUGUACGACGAUCGUCGGACGUCAUUCCCGUCUUGGUAGGCCCGUUGAUUCUCGUCCUUACCACUUUACACGUAUUUGUCUAUACUGGUAUGGCCUUGUGGGGCGGUGCCAUUCACGUGGGAACGUACGAGGGUGAUAUUGUGGAUUUGUACGAUUUGAACAAUUUCAACUCCUACCAGGAGGGCGUAGUAUCCAUGUUCAACGUGUUGGUAGUCAAUGAUUGGCACGAGCUUGCACGAGUCUUCACGUUCGCGGACCGAUGUGCGAGUCCGGUGAUUGUCUACCCUUUCUUUAUUUUGGGGAACCUUCUUGGCGUUUCUAUUGUGCUCAAUGUUCUGACAGCCUUCUUCGUUGAAACCUUUGUAACGAAACUGGAUGAUAAUGUGGAUGGAUCGACAGACUUGACCACGGUACAGCGUGAGCAGCGCGACUUUUCGAUACAAACGAGCGAAAAGCAAUCGGUACGACGAAUUGCGUCCAUGUCGAGCUUGUUGGGUGCGCGCAAGGCUUCAGGGAGUCGUCGCCGAGCGCAGCGUGUCCCGGAGAAGCCCAUCGACCGUGGAGAAGACGCUGAUUCGGAAGCCAGCUCGGAAAGCGAAUUGUUUGAAUUCGAUGUCUACGAGCGCGAAGGAGUCGAUAAAAUCAUGCAAGCGGUUUCCGGCGGGGCCAACUCGAAUGAGUUUGCGCGACAGAUUUGUGGCUAUUUGGAAAUCUUCGAGACUCUGACGCCUGGUCGUGAGACUGUUGGCUAUCUUAUUUGCGAUCAACAAACACUGGAGCGCUACGGAAAUCGGCGUUUCCAAACCAAAGCCGAUGGAUUUUUGGGAGAAAACGAGCUACACGCGGUGGUGAGCGACGUAAACUCGGAGCUAUUGGCUUUGUCAUCCCGUCCCUCGUUCGAUUUGGACCGAUCCCUCGUUCGAACGUUUCCACACCACAGUGAUCCCAAUGUUUCGCUGGAAAUUUCUGCAUCGCUGUUACGGCGACACCCGGCUCUUUCCUUGUUUGUCUCCAGGACGGUUGACCCCGCUUUACAGAUCACAACCGAAAAUGCUGCUCCCGUCGCAAAUUGA